AUGCCUGCCACCGCCUUCGCCUCCGUCGCCGCGUCGCCGUCUCCGUGGUCGCCACGUCCGCCUCCUCGCCGCGCCCACGUCCGCCUGCCCCCGCCGAGAAGCGGAAGCAGCGCGGGCGGGGGCGGGGGCGACGAGCCCUCCACCGCCACCCCGUGGGCGAGCCCCGACUGGCUCACGUCUCUCUCGCGCGCGGUCGGCCGGAGCCGGAGCGGCGGCGGCGACGACUCGGGGAUCCCCGUCGCGUCCGCCAAGCUCGACGACGUGCGGGACCUCCUCGGCGGCGCGCUCUUCCUGCCGCUCUUCAAGUGGUUCCGCGAGGAAGGGCCCGUGUACCGCCUCGCCGCGGGGCCGCAGGACUUCGUCAUCGUCAGCGACCCCGCCGUCGCCAGGCACGUGCUGCGCGGCUACGGCUCGCGCUACGCUAAGGGACUAGUCGCUGAAGUCUCCGAGUUCCUCUUCGGCUCCGGCUUCGCCAUCGCGGAGGGCGACCUAUGGACGGUGAGACGCAGAGCUGUUGUGCCUUCCCUGCACAAAAGAUUUCUGUCCAUUAUCGUGGAAAAGGUAUUUUGUAAAUGUGCUGAGAGAUUAAUAGAGAAACUUGAGCCAUAUGCUUUGAGUGGGGAAGUUGUCAAUAUGGAAGCGAGGUUUUCUCAGUUGACAUUGGAUGUGAUUGGUUUGUCAUUGUUCAACUACAAUUUUGAUUCCCUCACAACAGAUAGUCCUGUCAUUGAUGCUGUUUAUACUGCACUCAAAGAAGCAGAGCUUCGUUCUACAGAUCUUUUGCCAUACUGGAAGAUUGAUUUCUUGUGCAAGAUAAUUCCAAGACAGAUAAAAGCAGAGAAUGCAGUUAGGAUUAUAAGAAACACUGUUGAAGAGCUGAUUAUGAAGUGUAAAGAAAUAGUGGAAGCUGAAAAUGAACAGAUUGAGGGUGAGGAAUAUGUAAAUGAGGGGGACCCUAGCAUUCUACGCUUCCUACUUGCUAGCCGAGAUGAGGUAAGCAGUGUACAAUUACGUGAUGAUCUCUUGUCAAUGUUAGUUGCUGGUCAUGAAACAACAGGCUCUGUACUGACAUGGACAAUCUAUCUUCUCAGUAAGGAUCCGGCUGCACUGAGGAGAGCUCAAGAUGAAGUAGAUCGUGUUCUACAAGGUAGACUCCCCAAAUAUGAGGAUGUAAAGGAGCUGAAAUACUUGAUGCGCUGUAUAAAUGAGUCUAUGCGGCUGUAUCCACACCCUCCUGUGCUGUUACGGCGUGCAAUAGUUGAUGAUGUUCUUCCUGGAGACUAUAAGGUUAAGGCUGGUCAAGAUAUUAUGAUAUCUGUGUACAAUAUACACAGGUCCCCAGAGGUCUGGGAUAGAGCAGAUGAGUUCAUUCCAGAGAGGUUUGAUUUAGAGGGACCUGUUCCAAAUGAGUCAAACACAGAUUUCAGGUUUAUCCCAUUCAGUGGAGGUCCUCGGAAAUGUGUUGGAGAUCAAUUUGCUCUCCUAGAAGCGAUAGUGGCACUUGCAGUUGUGUUGCAGAAGAUGGAUAUUCAGCUUGUGCCAGAUCAAAAGAUUAACAUGACUACUGGAGCUACAAUUCAUACAACCAAUUUGAUAUCAAUUGGAGUUCAAUAA